CACUGCCUUGUGGGCUUGGAGGAGAGAUGCAGAAGCUCCAUCCUAGCAGCCUGCAUCCAUCUGGGCCACUGAGGAUGAAUCAGCGCCCUCCUUCCUUCCCCAUGAAGUUCUUGAUCUACUAUAUGUGCAUCAGACAGCUUGCCUCAGGGUUUCCUCAUCCCUUUGCUGGUCAUCUAGAUGAAUCAGACAUUCCAAAAAGUGAGAGACUGGCAUUUUGUUUCAGUCAGUGGACAGAAUUGUCCAAUCAACCCCAGGUUUCUAGUUCGGUUCUGGAUCUUUGUAACUCCAUGUUUAAUAGCUUGAAGAUACAGGAGGAGAAUAAUCAGGAAAUUUAUAAAAGGUUUUUAUUUCACUACUCCAGAGCUCAAGAGCCAACACAGCCACUUAAAGACGGGGAAUCACAAAUGACUGCUGCAGAAUUAACAAAGAAGGAUGGCUUGGACACCUUGGGACGACCAUUUUUCCUUUUCAGGCCUCGGAAUGGAAGGACGGUGGAUAAUGGAGGUGAAUAAACCAACCAAAAGAUUUCAGUGGAAGCUGAUGUCCAUGAACUGGCCUCCAUGCUUCAUCACUUUAUACCAUGGGAAGAAAUGUCAGACUAUGAUUAGUCCUCUGUUUAAAGAAAAUCUGCUGUAUCUCUCUGGCAUAAUGGUACAUAUAAUAAACAUG